AUGAGAACGGCCAAUGGUAGCAGUACCACGGCUUUGAGCACGGCGAGCACUCGUAAGCGCAAAGCGCUCGAUCGUACUGCGAAGGUGUCGAUAGCAAACGCCACUCCGAACGUCCGAACCAGAUCUCGCAAGUCAGAAUCAGAAGACCCGCUGCACCUCAGUCAGACUCCUCCACGGCGUCUAGUCAAGAAAACCGCCACCUCUCGCUACAACACGCAAACUACUCAUCCAGGUUCGGUGUGCCAACUCGCCGGGUCUUCACAGUCGAACGUCACUGUCGCCUGCAGCGGCGAGCCAGACGAGCUCGAAGCGCCAACUCAGACUCCAGUCUCAAAGAGACGUAGAGUCGAACACCACAUUUCGAAAUCCUGUUUCUCCCCAGACGCACAGCCGGUCUCACCUUUCCAUGAGAAGCUUCAUCCUGGAGCAAACAUGCCAUGGCCAUCCACUGAGCGCCAUACUCCACUACAUGCCGAAAUAGGACUACUUUCCUCGCCCACCACGGCAGUACUGAGUUCGUUCCACGAGGCAGGCUGGGUGCGGGUAAAAGACGACACUUCGGCAGAUACCGGAGCAGACGACACAGCUGAGAAGCGUUUGGAAGAGGAACAGCAAGCUUUGGACGGUGACUACAGACCGAUCGGAAGCACCAAAGCUUCGGGAACUGGCGGAAGAGGGGAUACAUCUGCAACGGCGAAUGCCACUAGAUGCGUGCCAAAGCCCUAUGAUGCCCAUCUAGAAGCGCGCGUGUGGUGGACUGCGCCAGUGUCACCUUUCGGAGAGGAUGCAGAAUAA